CUGUAAAAGUAUUUGAGAAGGGCUCUGACAGAUGAAAGGUAGCAUAGUGGGUUAAACAUAUGGAAGUUUGAGUGUUAUACAUUAUUUCUAUUCUGUGAAGGAAAUGAAAGGAUCAAGUUACAGAUGAAUAACUGUCGGAUUCACAGGAUUUUACUCUGUGUUUUCUGCCCUUUAACAUGGAUAAGAUGACGAAGUUCUGCCCCUUGUAACACAGCCAAUCUUGAAGUGCUUUAGAGAAGAUCUUAGUGCUUGCCAACAUUGCUGCCAGCAGAGUCCACAGAACAAUCCAUGAACUACCACUGCUUCAGGGAACAACUGCCAGUCUUGGAAGAACUGGAGCAAACUAUCUUUCCCAGCUAUGGAACAACUUCAGACCAGAAAAAUCUCCAUACUGCAGAAUUGGUGGAGUUUGAUCGUAAACCUGACUCUUUAUUCUUCAAUGAUGGCCAACGAAGAAUUGACUUUGUGUUGGUAUAUGAAGAUGAGAGCAAAAAGGAGAAUCGCACAAAAAAAUUGAAUAAAAAGCGCAAGCAGAGGAAAAGAGAAAACUACGAGUCAAAUCUGAUAAGCAAUGGCUUGGAACUUGAAGCAACAAGAUCGGUCCUGGAUGAACACCUUAUUUUUGUAAAAGUGCAUGCACCUUGGGAAGUGCUAUGCACAUAUGCUGAGGUUAUGCACAUCAAAUUACCUCUGCAGCCCAAUGACCUGAAAGCCCGAGAUUCAGCUUUCAACUGGUUCAGUAGACUCUUCAGAGUGGAUGAAAAUAUCAUCAAACCAGAACAAGAGUUUUUCACUGCCCCAUUUGAAAAGGACCAUUUGUCUAACUUUUACAUUCAGGACAAAGACAUGUUCUUCAACCCUGCAACCAGAAGCCGAAUUGUUUACUUUAUUCUUUCCCGCGUGGAAUAUGAAGUUAGAGGCAAUGUGAAAAAGUUUGGUAUUAACAAACUAUUGGACUCUGGGAUCUACAAGGCAGCAUUUCCUCUUCAUGAUUCUUGUUUCAGGCACAAGUCAGAGGAUCCCAAUUGUCCCAGUGAACGAUAUCUUCUGUAUAAGGAAUGGGCCCACCCUCGAAAAAUUUUCAAACUGCAGCCGUUAGAUUUUGUCAGGAAAUAUUAUGGAGAGAAAAUUGGAAUCUAUUUUGCUUGGCUUGGUUUUUACACUCAGAUGCUGUUACUGGCAGCAGUAGUUGGACUUGGCUGUUUUUUAUAUGGAUGCAUAACAAAGGACAACUGCACAUGGAGCCAAGAAGUGUGUGAUCCCAACAUAGGAGGCAAUAUCAUAAUGUGCCCUCAGUGUGAUCGAGAAUGUACAUACUGGAAUCUCACCAUCACCUGUGAAUCCUCUAAAAAACUCUGCAUGUUUGAUAGCUUUGGAACACUAGUGUUUGCAGUAUUUAUGGGAAUAUGGGUUACUUUGUUUCUGGAGUUUUGGAAGCGUCGGCAGGCUGAACUGGAAUAUGAAUGGGACACUGUUGAGUUCCUAGAGCAGGAAGAACAAAUACGGCCAGAAUAUGAAGCACGAUGCACUCACAUAGUAAUGAAUGAAAUUACACAGGAAGAAGAACGUGUUCCAUACACAGCCUGUGGAAAGUGUGUCAGGAUGACCUGUUGUACAAGUGCAGUCUUUUUCUGGAUUCUUUUGAUUAUUGCUUCUGUUAUUGGAAUCAUCGUCUACAGACUCUCAGUUUUUCUUGUGUUUUCUUCAACACUUCCACGGCACAUUAAUGGAACAGAGGCAAUCCAGAAGUACCUGACUCCACAGACAGCCACUUCAGUCACUGCUUCAAUCAUCAGCUUUAUAAUCAUUAUGAUUCUGAACAUCAUCUAUGAAAAAGUGGCAAUCAUGAUUACUGACUAUGAACUUCCAAGAACACAGACUGAUUAUGAAAACAGCCUGACCAUGAAGAUGUUCUUAUUCCAGUUUGUCAACUAUUAUUCUUCGUGUUUCUACAUUGCAUUCUUUAAGGGGAAAUUUGUAGGUUACCCUGGGGACCCAGUUUAUUGGCUAGGAAAAUACAGGAAUGAGGAGUGUGAUCCAGGUGGAUGUCUCCUAGAACUUACCACUCAGCUUGCAAUAAUAGUAGGGGGUAAAUCAAUCUGGAAUAACGUUCAAGAAGUGCUUCUCCCUUGGAUUAAGAAUCUAAUUGGAAGAUGUUGUACAGCUGCUAGAUCAGAAAAGGUUAUUCCACGUUGGGAGCAGGACUACCAUCUUCAACCCAUUGGAAAACUUGGAUUGUUUUAUGAGUAUCUUGAAAUGGUUAUACAGUUUGGAUUCGUCACUCUGUUUGUGGCAUCAUUCCCUUUGGCUCCUCUUCUGGCUCUUAUUAACAAUUUGUUGGAAAUACGAAUAGAUGCCUGGAAGAUUACAACCCAGUUCAGACGCAUGGUGCCACAGAAAGCACAAGAUAUCGGUGCGUGGCAGCCAAUCAUGCAAGGAAUGGCGAUUUUGGCUGUGGUGACAAAUGCAAUGAUAAUUGCUUUUACAUCUGACAUGAUACCUCGUUUGGUUUAUUACUGGUCCUUUUCAGUCCCUCCCUAUGGGAAUCACAGCGACUAUACCAUGAAAGGCUACAUAAACAAUACACUUUCUGUCUUUGCUGUAUCAGACUUCAGAAAGGAAAGCAAGCCUGUUCCACUUUCUUGGUUUGAUAACCAAACAACAUGCAGAUACCGUGAUUUCCGCUAUCCUCCUGGGCAUGAACAUCAGUAUGAACACAACACAUACUACUGGCAUGUGAUUGCAGCGAAACUAGCUUUCAUCAUUGUCAUGGAGCAUAUCAUAUAUUUUGUGAAGUUUAUUAUUUCAUACGCAAUUCCAGAUGUAUCAAAAAAGACCAAGAGCAAGAUCAAACGAGAGAAAUACCUAACACAGAAACUCUUGCAUGAGAAUCAUAUCAGGGUUAUGAAGAAAAAUGUGGGAAAUAUAGCUGACAAAAUCUUGAAUGUAACCGACACCACUUUCCGACCAAAAUCUGAAUAAGAAUUUUGCGCACUGAUAUUGCUUACCUAGAUUGGCUCUGUCAAAUGUUACUAAUGACUAAUCAAAAGUUUUAGAUUAGCUACUUUUAGCAAAUAUGGUUUCCUUUUAACUAGUAUCUUUUUAAAGGUACAGCAUUUGUUGGUUUCAGCAAGACAUUAAGAAACUAAGAUAAUGCCUCACUAACAUUAUCACCAAGAAAAAGUGACAUUUUUUCCCCUAGUUGUUUUAGACAAAAUUUUUAUCAUGACUUUUUGCACAUUGUUAAGAAGAGGUCGGUUUAUUUUGGAAUGUAACAGAAUACCUUCCACUUCAUUCAGGCAUUGGGGUUUUUUUCUGUUUCAUUUGAACAAAACGCAAAUAAUUUGUAUUAAAGGAAAUAACACAUCAGCCAUUAACUGAGAGCUUUGAUCAAUGAAUAAUUCAAUCACUUGUGAUCUAAAUAAAUUAAGAAGAAAACCUAAAAAAAAACAGGGGAAGGAAAUGAAGAAAAAAGGAAGAUGAUAGAACUAAAUGAUCCUUAUUGCACAACCUUUUGUUGUCAUGGUAAGCAUUGUGGUAUACUAUAUGAAGCUUGAUAGUCACACUGGGCAUUAUGUGCAUAAUAGGUUACUUCAGUCACUGUGAUAAGUAUGGAUUUGAUCACAGUGUCAGGAAGCAUUACAAGCCUGAUUCUCUUCUUGUUAACAGCUGUGUAAAGCAAGAGGGAUUCUAUUAAAAGUCAGUGGAGAUGCACUGACUUUGCAGCAUUGAGAGUGUGAAGAUCAGGCAAUGUAUCUUUACACAAUCAAUGUACUUUAAUUAAUUCAUUGUGGCAGUUCUGUUUUGAGCUGGUGUAAUCUUGAAGGUCUCUCACCUGUCUGGUAAGAGUUUAAAAUUCUUUUCACAUAUAUAAUAAUAUCCAGAAAGAUGUAUUUUACUUUACUUUCACAGCCAAAACUAUCUACUUCAUUGGUACGUUUAACAGUGCAAGGAGUACAUGGCUGGACUUAUCAUGAUACACUAUUUUAUGAGUACACUUAGACAGGAGCAUGGAUUCACUGAAACAGAAAUGGAAGCAUACAAUUUAAAAUGUGUUACAUGUGUAUGUUGAGUUAGGUGGAUCAUUCUUGCUUGUUUUGUCAUUUUUUACAUUUAAUACAAUACGUAUGCAUGACAGAACUCUAAAAUAGUUCAUUCAUAACUAUAUUACAUAUUAUGAAGUGUGCUUUUGCUGAAGCUAGAUAAUGUCAAUUAAAUGUAUUUUAUCCUGGUAACGACCAAAAAGAAUCAGAAAAAUUGAAAGUACUGCUAAUAUAAUUCACCCCCUUCCAGGCUCAUCAUGUGUCAGCUACUGACACAAAAAUGCAACUCCAGUGCUGUAUCAUGUGUUUUUUAAAACACCUACUGACCAGGGAGUUGAAGUAGCUGUCAAGAUGGAAAUGGUUGAGAGAUGGAUUAAAUUCAAGCUUCCUUAGGCUCAGAACUUGUGGAAAGAUCCACACGGACAAACAGGCCACAACCAGACAAGAAUGGAUGUUUGGUUCCCUGGAGACAAGUAGCAGUGGUGCACCUUGUGCUGCCGCUACUUGUCUCUGGGGAAUGCCCAUGCCAUGUACACUUCGAUGUGUGGCAAGUUACCCUGGGUGAGGUAGGGGAGGCUGAGGCCAGCAGCCUUACCUGUGGUCCUGGGGGUCUCCUGGGGCUGCAGGAGCAGCAAUUCUGCUACGUGGAGCCUAACCAGCAGCUGGACCAUGGCUCCAGGUGGCCCAGCUCCACUUUUGAGUGGUGAGUGCUGCCUGUGCAUGCAGGGUUCAAAAAAACCCAUGGAAAAAGGAAGUGGAGCAGUGCUCGCACAGGCAGCAUGUCCUUGCAGCUUGGAGAACAUCUAAAUGUGCUGUAUGUGGCACCACAGAUGUGUUUGUGGCACCACAUACCGCACAGACACCCUCAUCUGGACAUGGCCACAGGGAUUGCACCAUUUUCCCCAAUGCAGAGAUGUGGUCUUCAUUGUAAUGAUAAGGUAGGAAACAUUCUCAUCAUCAAAAACUAUUUGCUAUGAUAAACUAGAAUACCAUUCCACAGCAGAGUGAGGAAAAAUGCUGUACAAAUGAGAAGAGUGAAAUCAACAGAGCCUGGAGUAAAGACAAUUACUUGAUCCAAUGCAAAUGCCCUUACUGCCCCUUUUGACAGUUAGUGAAACUGAGAUGCCCAGAGUGCAAACAGUGCCUUGCCUAGAGUCACAAAGUCAGCAGUGAUGGAGCUAAUAUUAGUGAGCAGGAGGUUUCCAGUGACAUGCUUAGUCCCUUGGACCUCACUUUUGUGUGCUCACACAGGCACGUAUUAUCUCUUCACUUAGCAGUAUUCUCCUGAAUCCAAGAGUCAGCCUCUUCCAUAGUAGCUCAGGAUUCAGAGUCUUUCUUUUAAUACAUUGCAAUGUCAUUAAACAUUUCUUUUUUAAGUGUAGUUUUACCAAUAUCAGAAACAAGUGGAGAUACAGCUAAUCUAGUUGUAGAAUCCUGAUAAGCACUGCCUUCAGGACACAGUUGCACCUGGUCCAUUGUACUGGUGGUACUGUACACACGGUAUUAUUUCACACACAAUGUUGAAUUUCAGAUCAAGAAGAGAAAUAUGGUGCCUAUAAACACCAUAACAAUAACAAUACAUUUUAAAUAACAGUACCUUUAACAUUCUGUGCAGUUUACACCAACUCUGCAUUUACCUGUGAAAGACAUGGACUGUGCUGAGAUUUUAAAAUAAAAUAUUAAGGUGGGGGAAAAAGUUCCAGUAUGAUCAUUGAGCAACAUUAGGUAUUGCAGUGCCAUUAUUCAUAAAGUGCCACUAUUCCUGAAGUUCUUCAUAUGUUGGUAUGUUUUGAUGCACAGGAAUGCAUAUUUUGCUUUCUUUUUUUUCUAAGAAUGGCUGAUUUUUUUAGUUUUUAAUUACUGUUUUAACACUAAUUCCUUUAUAUUUAUUAUUUUAAUAAAAUUUAUUUUAAAAUAUAUUCAGUGCCUUAAACUAUUGCUUUUUUCAGAAGUCGAAUAAUAGUGAUGCUACCAAGUUUCAUGUUUAAAAGUCAACUUUGUUUUUCAGCAUAAUGUUCUUUUUCAAGCUGUCACCAUUAAAUUGCAUCAUUGCUAUCAAGAA